AUGGCAGGAGCAACUUUCAUGCGAUUUGCUGCCCGGACUGUGCUAUCGGCACCUGCUUGUAAAGCCGUCAAGAUCAGAGGAUAUCAUCGACAAUACUUGACUACUUUCAGGAGCAAUACCUCAACUAUUAACGGAGGAAGAACUGCAUUCUUGCUCACCUUACCAGUACUAUCUUAUCUAGGCGUGGAAGCCUACAGGAGGAUGCAGAGUGCAACUGUGGUCCAUGCUCUGGAAAAAGCUGAAGAGGCUGUGGAACAAGCAGACUACCUGUACAGCUGUGGGGAGACAGAGAAACUCUACCAGCUUCUGCUACAAUAUAAGGACAGUGAUGAUGCAGAGUUCCUGUGGAGGCUGGCGCGGGCAUCUCGUGACCUCUCCCUCCUCGCUCACAUUGCUGCUGACGAGAAGAAGAGGCUGACCUUUGAGGCGUUUGACUACGCCAAGAAGGCUCUGGAGAAAAAUGAGGCCUGCUUCGCAGCACACAAAUGGUAUGCAGUGUGUCUCAGUGACAUAGGCGAUUACGAGGGGGUCAAAGUAAAAAUAGGAAAUUCUUACAUCAUUAAAGAACAUUUACAGAGGGCUAUCGAGCUAAAUCCUAAAGAUGCCACAUCUAUCCAUAUCUUGGGUUAUUGGUGUUUUGCCUUCGCUGAGUUGGCGUGGUAUCAACGUAAAGUGGCAGCCAUGAUCUUCGCCUCUCCUCCCACUGCUACAUACGAAGAGGCUUUGGCGUUCUUCCUGAAAGCUGAAGAAGUGGACCCAAACUUCUACAGUAAGAAUCUACUUAUGCUAGGGAAGUCCUACAUGUCAUUGAAGGACCAGGGGAAUGCUGUGCUCUGGCUGAGAAAGGCACGGGACUACCCCCCUCACACAGAGGAAGACAAGGAGGUCCAUAAAGAAGCCCUUGACCUCCUGAAGAAGCUCAGUGCAUAAGAUGACCUAGUCACAUGGAGGCAAGAGUGCACUGUGUUGAUAAUAGGUGUAAUCUAUGUCUAUCUACUAUAUGUAUAUUUUUGUUCCUAACACAAGAGUGUACAUAGGCUAUACUGUACGGCCUUAACAGGAAAUGAUACAUGCUUUUCCACUAACCUGUGUAUCGUGAUUUACAGAUGCUGUGAUUUAACUUUAAUUAAACAUUAUUUUAAUUUAA